GAAACACUGUUGUCGAGCCCUAGACUUGGUCGGUUAGGGUGGUCUUUGAAAAGUUGGGGGCAUCAACAGGUGCAACAAAAACUCCCGACGAUCGACGAGAUCAAGGCGGCCAUCCCGGCGCAGUGCUUCGAGAAGAGCCUGCCGAAAUCGCUGUUUUUCCUGGUGCUCGACUACGUCAUCUUGUUCGGCUGCUACAAGGCGCUGCCCUACUUUGAGGCCUAUGGCUGGACAGGAUACUUUAUCUGGUGCUGGGUGACGGGAAUGUUCGCCGCCUCCCUGUUCUGCAUCGGCCACGACUGCGGCCACACCACGUUCUCCGAGUACGAAUGGGUGAACGAUUUGUGCGGGCAUAUUGCCCAUGCCCCGAUCAUGGCGCCGUACUGGCCGUGGCAGAAGAGCCAUCGUCAACAUCAUCAGUACACUUCCCAUCUGACGCGCGACAAGGGCCAUCCAUGGGUCACCGAAGAGGAAUACGUCGACAAGCCAUGGUUCUUCAAACACUUUGCCAAGUUCCCGAUCUCAGGCUUGUUGCGAUGGAACCCAAUCUACACGUUCGUCGGCCUCCCCGACGGCUCCCACUUCUGGCCCGGCUCCGAGCUGUUCACCUCCACCGCCGACCGCGUCAAGUGCGCCGUCUCGGCCGUGGCCGUCUUUUUCUGCAUGGGCGUUGCCUUCCACCUGUCGAACUACUCGGUGAACACGUGGUUCUGGUACUACUACAUGCCGUGUUUGUGGCAAGGACUCUGGCUCGUCGUCAUUACCUACAUGCAGCACUCGCACCCCGAGAUUGAGGUGUUCGAAGAGGGCAGCUGGAACUACAUCAAGGGCCAGGUGCAGACGAUCGACCGCACGUACGGCUUCGGCGUCGACACGCUGCUCCACCACAUCACCGACGGCCACGUCGCCCAUCACAUGUUCUUCACCCGCAUCCCGCACUACCAUCUCAUGGAGGCCACCGAGGCCAUCAAGGGAGUGCUCGACAAGUAUCCGGGCGCCUACAAACACGAGACGAACUACCACGUGUGGUUCAAAUACCUGUGGUACAACGUGCGCUUCGAGUACCUCAUCGGCAAGGGCACCGGCGUGCUGCGGUACAAGCAGAGCGGCCAGGACACGAAGAAGGCGAUC